GAGCGUCGCCCUCAGGAACUUCUUCAACCAACUUCGACAUCUCUUCACGAUAACACAGUGAAAAUGCUUCCUUUGCAGUGGUAGAAUUCACAGUGUAGCUGUGAAUUCGUUAAAAGAUACAGAAUUGGACUCCUUGAUACGAUAUUUUAAUUUGUACCUUUUCGAAAUGUUAAAUCCAUGUAAWGUAAGUUAAUAAAUAAUGAAUGCAGUUUCCGGGGUCAUGCAUGUGAUGAUGUUUACAGAAGUGAAAUACCACUUGGCUCACAUGACGAAUGUGAAGUUAUGGAAAUGAUUUCAUUGGUCUGGAAAGAAACCAAAUAUUACUGCAUAAUAUGAAGGUGAUAUGUCUUUCUAAGAACUACGGAGAAUUUCCUAAACAAAAGCAUUUCCAGUAUUAAAAUUCGAUGGAGAUCUUCCAGCAGUCUAUAAUCCAUAUUGAAACAAGUGACUUCAACCCAGAAGCCCAUGAACAGAUAUGGCAACUGGAUCUAAGCAGUGACUUGCAUAGUAUUUUACAAACUAUAAAGAACAACAAAGACAACUCUAGAGUCUACUAUAUCAAUGGAGAGCCUGGAAGCGGUUGCUCAACAUUGUUGCAAGGUCUUUGCCAACAGCUCUGCAGGACCAAUGUUGUGACAGAGUCAGAGAUAUUGUUUCUUUCUGUGAAUGAAGGUUUCAAAGAGGAUGAGUUUUGGCAUCUCAUGGUACAGUGUGCUGAAGAACAAAAUGACUCCGCAAAAAAGGAUUUGUUUGCUCAAUCUUUUUCAGAUGUUAUAGAAAUUAAGAAAAACAGUCUGGGUGAAUUCUUUGAGGAGCACUUUAAAAUUAUAUGCAUUGAUAAUGCAGAUCUCUGUCUUAAGUUUAUUGAUUCUUUUCUUGGUAAUGUUUUAAAGACAUGCAAGAUCACAAGUUUUCUAGUUGUAAACCAAACAGACCGUGAUAGACCUUCAGAUGAUGUUGUGUCCAAUGUAACCGUCAAUGGUCUGUUUGAUUCUGCUGCAAGAAACUUAGUCUCUACAGAACUCCAACAACUAACACUAACAGAGGAUGAACUAUCUAAGCUCUAUGAUUUGGUCAAUUGUAAUCCUGUUGCAAUGCAACUGGUCUGUGCUGCCUUAAAUCCUCAAGAGGAAAAUAUCAUUUCAUCUUUAUUAACAAGGGAUGACACUUCAAAUAAUUGUAGAAAUGCCAGGGCACCUGGGGUUGUGGAAAAAAUUUUAGGGUUGAUCAGUAAAUUUUUGAAUGAAUCAAGUAUUGGGAUGGUCUACAGGCUUUGCUCUCUCCGUCAACCUCUUCCCAUGAUGACUGAACAUCCUGGUAUUCAAGAACUUGUGAAGAUGAAACUUCUUUGUGUWAAGCCAGAGACUUCAAGUAGCUUUCUAAAGUGUAUUUAUGUUCAUCCAACUGUUAAGAAACAUAUGAAGAGUAGAAUGUCUUCCAGUAGUGAGGAGACAUCUGGUGUUGAUGUCCUUAUGGUUUGGUUGUCUUUAGUUUCAAUCACACUUCAAAGGCUGAUUUUGGAAGCUGAAGACAAUGCUUGGGCAUUUGUGCCAGAAAAAUGGCAAUAUGUCAAAGAUGUUGGUGAGAAAGAAAAUUACAAUGUCAAGGAAUUGAUAACCUCUGUCAAUGCUAAUGUCCCAUCUAUGACAGAAUACGAUAUACUACAGGAAUGUYUAUACCAUGCCUACAUUCAGGGUGAUUAUAAGAAGUUGGCAGCCAUUACUUUUGUUCUGGAUAGGUUUCUCUAUUGGCAUGGAGACACCAAGACUACAAUGGACAUCAUUGACCACAUUCAAAGCAAUAGCCCAGAAACUGCCAUUAGUCCACAGCUUAUCAUAAGAAGAGCAAGAUUCAUGAAAAAUGAAGGGAAUCUCCGAGGAGCAGAAGCAACACUUGAUAAACUUUUACAGUCAAAACCAGAAGCUGGUCAGUGGAAGUACAAAGAAGAGCAAGACCACSAGGUUGUUUGUGGAGUGUGUGUGCAGAUAAAAGGUGAAAUACAGUACCGCCUUGGUCACUGGCAGCAGGCUGCUUCUCUUUUGCUUCGUUCRAUUCAGUUAUUUGGCUCUCUGCCAAAACCAGACAAAAAGGGUUUGUCGUCAAGUUAUGGGCUGCUGUCAUUAUGUCUUCGCAAUAUGACUAUCAAUGACUAUUUUCCAUUGGUACAAUUUUAUGAUCUUGUUCAGUGCAAUCCCUUGUUGGCGGCAUACUUCAGCGCGCAGGAAGCAAGCAAGUUGUCCGUGUAUACGCCAAUGUUCUUCCUGCGGCACUCGUGCCAAGCUGGUGAAGUCAUGCUUGAGUUUGCCAAGCUUACAGCAACCUCUCAUGAAAAGCAGCUCUUUUUGAGGAUUGCUAUUGAAGACCUGAGAGACAGUAUACAAGCCCAUCAGACAUACAAGUCUCUAACCAGCAGAGAGCAGUUUUACAUCCUGGUGUGCGCCUGCUACAAAGUUAGUCUUGCAUUGAUGCAGCUGCAGUCAAAUCUAGACCAGACGAGAGGCUGCGAGUUAAAGAAGCUCUCCUUGCARUUAUAUGAGCACUAUUGCUCCACUAGUAGUAAAGUUUCAAUAGAUGACAAAGUUCAUCGAUUAAUUAACGAUUGUUUAACUUUGCUUGGGCUGGAAAGUUUCGACACUGAAGACUUGCCCAAUGCAGGUAAAGUUCUUUUCGAGUAUUAUACCAGACGCUCUGGUGAGCGUUUAACAUCAGGAACCCGCCUUGCUUGUGUACAAUUGUUUUCUAGUCCCCAAGCUAUGUUUCCUUCAACUACUGGCCAGUUUGGUCUCUCAAAACAAGAUGUUUAUCAUCGGGAAAAAGACGCAAUGGAGGAAAGACAAAUGGAUGUCAAUGAAAUAGUUGACAGAAAUGCUGCCACACUGGAUGUUCAGGAAGAUGGAAAUGAYUCAUCGCAUCAAACCAUAGAGGUUGAUCGCUGUGCUCCGACUCUAGAUGAUCCACAUCCACAAGAAAACAGAAAAAUCCCGUCCCAUAAAGAAGGUGAUAUUGGCAUAGUUGACAAAAAUGGCAUAACAGAAGAGCUGAACACACCAAAUAGAGCUGAAGUGUUGAGUGAAGAAACAGAGGUCACACCAAAAGGAGAUGGAGAUAGAAAAAGUUUCAAUAAAUCUUCUGGUGCAAUUAAAGACAAGCCAGAGGGCAGAAAUUCACUUCUACGGAAAGAAGCAAGCAGUGACGAAGAAGUUGACCGAUGUGCCCCUACAGAGGAUAUACAAGAAGAGAAAGAGAAUGUUGCACUUGAUUCACUMGACAAAAGACUUCAUGUUUCACGAAGAAAUUGAAGAUGGAAAUCAAGUUGAACA